CACUUUGUGAAAAGCAUUGGGACUAUUUAACCAAUGAGCACAAAGAUGAAAGCUGGAGGGCUGUUUGCCCUAUUAUAAUUUAACAAAUUGAUUGAAAGAAGGGACCACCUUUGAUCCCUUGAAGUGGAUUAAGUUUGAAACAAUUAACUUUGACUGAAAGGUAGCCUUUCAUCUCUUGGCUACACCUUUUUAUUACUUUUCCAGAGGUUUCUUUCGAAAUUUCUAGGGUAUCAGUUUCAUUCAAAUCUGUAACAACUAUUUAGUGUUCUUAACGAGAAAUGGAAGAGAAAGGGCUAUUUUACAAUCCAUCCCAUCUACUGUACAAUUUCGCACAUCAAAAGAGGUAGUUGUUUCCAAUUUUCUAUUGUAAAUAACAGGGAAAUAUAAUAUUACUAAGAUACUUGAGUAAUGUUUUGUAUUACUUUUUAAGUGCUUCCUUUUUUUUCCAUGUCAGUCAACAUUGAUUGUAUACCAUGAUCAUUUCAGUAGUAGAUAUAGAAAUGGGUUGUACAUUGAUGUGAUAAUUUUUUUGUAGGAAAUGAGAAAGGUUAGAUAUCGCUGUAGACUCAAUAUCAAAUGUCAUUAUCAUAAUUUUUUGUCAAGGUUUUUAGACUUGAGUGUAUUCAGUGUUGUGAUACUAAGAGUUAGUGGUACUGAGUAUACAUCCAAUAUAGGUAAGUGGAGGGUGCAUAACAGGUGGUCUUUUAUUGAAAUAUUUGGGCAGGUUUUGGGUUUUCCAGGAGUUUCAUGGAAAAAAGACUUUGUUCUUUGUAUGUGAGAUAAAGACCUGAAUUCAGUGCUGUAUAGGAGUACAUUUAUCUGAGACAACUGCCCUAAAUGCACCAUCAUUUAAACAUAAAAAGACCCUUGGAUUGGCUCUUAAUAGUUCAGGAAGAUGAUUUAAUGUCUGCGUUCCUGUAUGCCAGUGGUAAUGUCUGGGCAAGUUCACAGCUUAAUGUAUCUCUGGUGCAUUUAUGACAACUGUAAUUGGCUCAGCGGCAACAAGUCCUGUUCAAAGCGUCCAAGCAUAAAUGCCCCCAUUUUAUCUUCUGCUCUACCUUGUCAGUAGUGUUUUAUUGCGAUCUUUAUCUGAGCUGGUAAAUCAAAUGUGAAUGGGAUUGAUCAUACAAUGAAAGAAAGGAUAUAAAGAAUACAUAUAGUCACAGGGAGAUAUAACACAGUAAACAUCAGCGUGCAAAACUCAAACUGAAUUGUCAGCUAUGAGAUUGAAGCACUCCCACUCCUACUCUAAAUUUGUUUGGAUUGAUCUUGACUUUGGAGGUUAAGUCUUUUAAAGAUUCCAUACCAAGUGGAACUUGUUUUGAUGCAAGUAGACUGCAGGCUGAGUGAGAAGAGUGAGGUUAGCCACAUAUUAUUCUUGGUGAUGGGCUUGAAAGUCGGUGGGCAGGCUGGGAAAUUGUGAGCAUACUACAGAUGAUAAGAAGAAUGUGAUGCUAUUGUUCCCUCAAACCUGUUGUACAUGAACAUAUAUACUCCAAUGAGGAAAGGCACAUAGCGGUUUUCUACAACAGUGGAAGACCUUGGGAUCUGAAAAACAGGACAUUUAGAAGCGAAUCAGAACUUAUUUUGCUUAUAUUGUCCAGUCUUACCAAGAUGUGUUAUGUAAUAAUUACAGUUCGUUCUCUGUUAUGGACACUACUGACCCUAGUGGCCACCAUGGCAGUGGUGUCCUCCCUCAUCUCCCCAUACUGGAUCAUGGGGACACAGACUGUAGUGGACAUUAAACCAGUGACCAAUGACUCCUCUGUCAGCACAAGUAAAGAAACAUUCCAGUCAUCAAUAGGGAUAUACACACGCUGCACAAAGCUUCAUUUGGUGGGGAGAUAUGUGGACAAUUGUGCUUCAUUUAUUGAAGGUGCAGGAUUUGAUAUGGAUUCAGAACAGUUUUCUCAUUUCUGGAAAGCCUGUCUCUUUAUGUAUGGUGUGGGGCUGGCUUUGCUGACCUUUACAGUGAUUACAGCUGUACUAAGUCUCUGUGUGAGGGCAAUCUGUAAGAAGAGUAUUUUCACUGUCUCUGGACUUAUACAGAGUAUUGCAGGCUUGUUUUUGAUAGUGGCCAUACUCCUGUAUCCCGCUGGUUGGGGGUCCACAAGGGUACGCAGGGAGUGUGGAGACACUGCAGCACCCUUUGAACUGGGAGAUUGUUCAUUAGGCUGGUCAUUUUACUGUUGCAUUGGAGGGACCAUACUAGUGUUCAUCUGCUCAGUUCUGUCCAUUCAAGCAGAGAGGGCCACAUCUAGCGAUAAAGUGGAGGCAGAAAUUCUGGAUGGAAAAUACUUGGUGUGUGUGUUAUGACCUGAUACUGAAGCUGAUAUUCAGACACAUUAAUACUCAUAGAGUUAUUUCUUGAUACCAAGGUAGAAAUGGAUUUUCGCUCUGUAAAGGACCAAUUCGCUGAGAACUCUUCAACAAGGUCUUGAGAUCAAGAUAAGCCAUUAGGAUGGGCUACACUUACUGUACUUGAUUCUUUAAAACAGCCCCAGAGCUCUUUAAUCCCAAAAAAGGCUGUAUAAACUAAAUAGGUGCCUGGACAUAGAGAUAAAUUAAGGGAGAAGUUUGUGAUGUUACUUGACGCAUUAAGACAAAGCAGACGAUGUUAUGUAUUAUCACAGAAGAAACUGGGAAGGUAAAUAAACCAGUUUCCUUCAGAAAUUUUAGAUAGUGAAAGAUUUUUCCAUGUGGCAGAGUUGGUUUGACUGAAAAACAGGCUUACAAUUAAAAAUACCACUUUCUCAUUAUUAUUAUUAUAUAUUUAUUUUCUGUUGUCAUUUUCAACAUUUAAAUGUCUCUAAAAUUAUUUGUACUAGAUGUUGUGACAUAUGUCUGUUAUACCUCCAUAUGAUAUGCCACAGUGCAUUUUUCUAUAAAUCAACACAAAAUAUAUGUGUAGCUUUUGAUUGAAUGACUUUGCCAUCAGGUCUUAUUUCUUCAGCUUCCAUUUGUAAUUAAGAAAUUUUAUAUAAAAUAUAUAAUUUCACCUGUACGAAAAGGAUACAAGGUAUAGAAUUACCACCUCAAUUGUUCAAGAAUGGAAGCAGUUAAAGAUAUUAUUGAAGGAACAAUAUAUGUUGGAGAGAACUUGGACAAAGAUUAUAAAAGUAGCCAUGAUGGCUGCUGACAUUUAAGUUGUUGGUUUGUUUCUAUGGAGUAGAUUUCACUAAAAGUUUGUGAUGAAUUAGGUGCUAGCAUCCAGUCAAUCACCUCUGCCCCUGUGACAUUCAGAUGAUGUCUGUAUUUCUUAUGACAUAGCUGAUGAAAAAAUGUACUUGUCAUGGUGUUUUGCGUUUCAUGUACUUCUUUAUUAUUAUUAUAUUAUAUGAUAAUGAUGAUUGCCAAUUGUUUUGCGUACCAUUUUAACAACAAACAUAUGAUUUAUUUAAACUGAUAAUGAGCAAAAUGAAUCACUGGAAUUUCAAGUUGAUUCCGAAGUUUAUUUGUUUUAAUCGUAGAUUCCUGUAUUUUUGCUCUCGGUUGUUAAGGCAAUAUUAUAACAAUGCUGUCUUGAUGUAUAAACAUGUCCCAUAAAGUUGACAAUGACAGGAAUUUCCAGGAAUCUCCAAUGACUUUUAUACACAGUAACAAUAAUAGCUGUAGGUUAUUUUUUUCUGCAGAAUCAUGAUACAUGUAAUUAUGAAAUAACUAUCUGACUCAUGAUGAAUUAUGACAGAGAUAUUCAAGGGUUUUAACCAAUCCAGAUGAAACUAGAUGGCUUAAAUAAAUAAUUUGAUUUUUCAUAUUGAUAAACAUUUUAAAAGUCAAACAUCUUUUAAGCAUCAUACUCAAGAGGCUGACUGACUUUAAUGGGGUGUGACUAAAGUAAAUUAGCAUGUUCAUAUUUUUGUAUGUGUAUUUAUAUAUGUUAUAAACUAUGUGGUGUUUUUCCA